AUGUCUAACGUCAACACGACUGUUUUUACUUGCAAUUUUUGCAGCAACCAGGAAGAUUCAAAACAAAUUCCUGACACAUUUUUAUUAUUCAUCAAGAUAGAAGUUGAUGGGGAGGUAAUGAAGUUUUUACACGUUGCUAGCAGAUGA